AUGGGCCCCUGUACCGCCUCCUCAUGCUGCUGCCAGGCCCGUAAUCUGCCAUGGGCCCCCGUACCGACUCCUCAUGCUGCUGCCAGGCCCGUAAUCUGUCAUGGGCCCCUGUACCGCCUCCUCAUGCUGCUGCCAGGUCCAGAGUGUGUCAUGGGUCCCUGUACGGCCUCCCAUUGCUGCUGUCUCCAUCGCCACACUCUCUGCCAUGUGCCACUUUCAGGUCUCCUCACACUGCUGGUGGGUUCCAUUUUGUCAUAGGGUGCUGGCAGAUUACGGGCCUCCCAUUGCUGCUGCCAGGCCCGUAAUCUGCCAUGGGCCCCCGUACCGACUCCCUCAUGCUGCUGCCAGGCCCAUGUAAUCUUCAUGGGCCCCUGUACCGCCUCCUCAUGCUGCUGCCAG